GACGACACACAUACAAGUAAAUAUACCAGAGACACGGCGAUUUCUGCUGAGAGGAAUUCAGAAGCUGCAACCAUGGCGCAUGCAGACGCUGUUAAAGAUGUCCGGCCUGCAACCAGAGAAGAAAUGUCCGAGGCUCGAUUGCCUCUUGCCUACCGAGACAGCUGCGCACAUCUCCUCAUCCCAUUGAACCGGUGUCGAUACAAAGAAUUCUAUCUGCCAUGGAAGUGCGAGAAUGAGAGACAUUCCUACGAAAAGUGCCAGUAUGACGAGUUCAAGCUGCGGGUUGCGAAGAUGGAUGAACUACGGGCUGCCAAGGGUGGUGCUCGAAGCAAUUAGACAUUAGAGGGAAUCUGGAGUUGUUGUUCGGGUUGUUUCUAUAUGGUUUUCUUUCUUUCUUUCUUUUUUCUCGGGCAUCAUGUUACAAAAAUUCCCCAUUAAUUGGAUUGUAUAUAAUAAAGAGCUUGAGGGGAGAUUUGUUCAAUUGCCGAAAGCAAUCUGUCGCACUCA